AGCUGCCCCAGUCGUCGAUAAAUACCCGUAAUCCCUUGAACCGACUCCCAUCUCCUCGCUGCGGCCGUCUAGGGUUUCAUUUUUGCCAUCGCUCUCUUGCUUCAAUUCGCCAUCAUGCCUCGCCGAAGCUCUGGAGGACGACCAGCCUCUCGUCCGCGUGCUGCUCCAGUGAGAAACCCACCUCAACCAGCUUCUGAUGAUAGUCACCAAUUUAUUAAUUUUGUUGCUACAGCACAUCAGGCUCCACCUCCCGCUCCUGUUCAGGGAGGAGGUGGAUCUGUCCUUGGGGGAAUUGGAUCCACUAUUGCUCAAGGCAUGGCUUUCGGUAUGGGCAGCGGGGUUGCUCACAGGGCUGUUGAUGCUGUUUUGGGUCCCCGUACCAUUCAACAUGAAACUGUGGCCGCUGAAGCCCCUGCUGCUGCUGCCGCCGCCGCCCCAAUGAGCAAUGCUGUUGGAACUGAUGCAUGCAACAUUCAUUCAAAGGCCUUCCAAGAUUGCAUCAACAACUUUGGUAGCGACAUUAGCAAGUGCCAGUUUUAUUUGGACAUGCUGAACGAAUGCCGUAGAAGUUCUGGUGCUACACUGGGUGCCUAAUUUAAGUUGAGAGUUAUUUGGGACUUCUGAUCUCUUUUCAAAGAUUGAAAAAUAACAAUUUAUGUUUCAUUGGGGCACUCUGGAACAACUUUAAUUAAUGCUUCAAGGGACUAAAGGAUUAUGUCAUAAUAAAUUUUUAUUUGAUGGGGGAUGUGGUACCUUCAUAUUCUUUGCUUGGUGUCA